AUGUCCGUGUAUGAACCAGACGUGAUGCGCAAGCUACUGUCAGCUCUCGAGCCGAAAGACUCGCAAAAUAAGUUCGAAUCAAACUGGAAAAACGCAGUCAAAAAACGUGUUGAGUCAUGGACUGGCCAUGACGAGCGCAUGAAAAAUUCACGGCCAAAGCGUCAAUAUGAGUGGGAGGCCGAAAUUGUCGAGUAUAUCAACUACAUUUCAGACAAGACUCGAAUACGGUCUGCAAAGGCACUUACACGACCGUGCCUCAAUCUCAAGACUCCCAUUCUUGGCCCACAUUUUGUGCCACCAUUGUACCUGCACGCCCUUCGACGAAAUCAGUCCGAGCCCGCGGUCAAUCCAGAGACCUUGUACCUGAAGCCACUUCGGGUGAUUCACCCAUUCUACCAUCCUGAACUCGCACGAUGUCCACGAUGCGACUGUACGGACAGUGUCCAGUGGGAUGGGUGGACCGGCACAGGUCCACGAGAUGUCCAUGGCCUGUUUGUUGACGAAGGAGCAAUUGGCACCCAAAUCCGCUGUGAGAAUUGCAAGAAGGACCCGACAAGCAAGAAAGGACAGCAGCAGAAGCACCAUUGCAGGCCUUCGUCAAGCAAAUUGAUUAUUAGUUUAUACUAUGAAGCGGGCAUACCUGUAUUUUUUCGGAGAUGCGCUGUGACACGUGAGCUCUUCGACUUGUUGAUUGAGCUGCGGCUGUCAUCGACCACAGGUGGUCUCGCGGAGAACAUCAGACGUGAGCAGCAUCACCCCAACCCCCUGCAGGCAUUCUCCGAUCCUCACGACAAGAAAAACUACAAUGAUAAGCCAAUAUCGAACGAUGUCAUUACCGAGGUCUUCCAGGAAUUUGUCUCGGGGACACGGGAGAGGGAAUCAGAGGAUUAUCUACGGACAUUAUCAGGUAUCAGUGUUUCCUUCGACAAUACUUUCCGUGCGGCUGGCAAAGCUUCAGUGACUAAUCGAGACAAGCAGAAGGUAAAGGUCUUGAAGGGCGGGAUCAUCAGCCUUAUGAACGAGAAUGGCGAGAUCAUUGGCUGGCGUUUUUGUCACGGUCAGUCCAAUGCUGAGAUCACCGAACUUCUCGAUGGUCUCAAGACUCGGUGCAACAAGCUUGAUGUCCCUCCACCUGAG